AUUCUGGCAAAGUGGUUUGCUCUUUUCACUUUGCUUUGGGUGUUGAAGGAAGAUGAGCUUCUCACGGAGCCUCUCUUGAGCCUCUUGGCAGUUUCCCCCUCCGUGCCCCUUAUGUUUCCACCAGAAGGCAGAGGCCAUAGAUUCUCUCUGAGCCACCUCACUCGGAGGCACCACGUCCGGAUGAGAUUGCACUCCUGCAGUGGGCAUUAGCCACAUCCAGGUAGAACCAAACCUGAGCUUAUGUAUUUUGGGUCAACUCAGCCUGACACUUCAGAGGUAGACACAAGAUAGGAAGUUUGUUGGGGGUGGUGGAGGUGAUAGACAUGCUGGGUAACUGAUUAUGAUUCAAAGAAACUUAGAAGCUGAAUCCAGAGAGCAUCUGAAAGGUUCCUGAGACAAUGGAUGGUGUCACCACAACCCUUCCGACAAUCGGAGAGAGGAUCUUGGAGUUCAACACUCUGCAUGUGACUCCCAGCAGCCCAGACAGAAAUAAAGACCAGAUCAGCAGCAUCUUUUCUGGGUUCCUGGGACUCCUCGCCAUCCUCCUGGUCGUUGCGGUUUUCUGCAUUCUGUGGAACUGGAAUAAGCGGAAGAAGCGGCAAGUUCCUUACCUCCGAGUUACCGUCAUGCCCUUGCUGACUCUGCCACAAACCAGACAAAGAGCCAAAAAUAUUUAUGACAUCUUGCCUUGGCAACAAGAAGAACUGGGGAGACAUCAGUCAAGGAGUAUCCGCAUUUUCAGUACUGAGAGCCUCCUCUCCAGAAAUUCUGAGAGCCCUGAGCAUGUGCCCUCCCAAGCAGGCAAUCUCCCCCCGGAAAAUAGAGCCCAUAUCCAUGCCACAGAGUACGCGGUGGGUAUCUAUGACAACGCCCUGGUGCCCCAGAUGUGUGGGAACCUCACUCCCUCAGCACACUGCGUCAAUGUCAGAGCUUCCAGAGACUGCACAAGCAUUUCUUCAGAGGAUUCCCAUGAUUAUGUCAAUGUCCCCACAGCAGAAGAGAUUGCUGAGACUUCAGCUUCUACCAAAAGCCUUCCCAGAAAUAUAUGUGUUCUUCCCAGUACCCAGAAACUGGAGGAGUUUAGUGAGGAAAGAGAUGAGGGCUGUGGGGAUGCUGGUGACCAUACCAGGUUUCAUUCUCCAGGAACUGAGGGACGUGAUUCACUCAGCGAUGGAGAAGGUUAUUCUCAGACCUCAAAUGACUAUGUCAACAUGACAGGGUUGGAUCUCAGUGCCAUCCAGGAGAGGCAGCUCUGGGUGGCUUUUCAGUGCGGCAAAGACUAUGAAAAUGUUCCAGCAGCAGAUCCCAGUGGAAGCCAGCAACAGGCUGAGAAAGAUGUGCCAUCCUCAAACACAUGUCAUGUUGAGGACAAGACAGAUGAUCCAGGGACCCACGUCCAAUGUGUCAAAAGGACAAUCCUUGCUUCAGGGGAUUAUGGAGACUUUCAGCCGUUCACACAGAGUGAGGACAGUGAGAUGGAACCUAGAGAAGAGAUGUCAAAUGAGGACUCCCAUGACUAUGAGAAUGUGCUAAUUGCCAAGUUAGAGGGCAGGGACUCUGAGCAGGGGCCUCGCACUCAGCUCCUUCCUGAUGCAUUAAGACCCAGGUACCCAGCUGUAAAGCCACAUGUAGUAGUCUAUCCUGUGGGAUCUUUAUCCACUGCAGAGUCCACUGCAGACCCGUGAAUAACCCUAGUGCUUCAGUGGAUUCACUUGGUUAGACUAAAAAGAGGCUGAAAUGAGCGGGAACCAAGAGGCCACACAAAAGCAGAGGUUUGGGAAUUCCAGAAGGGAAUUUUUCUCAAGUAGAGUGUGGUUAUCUUCUGUACCAACCUAUGAAUGCAUGCUGAAACUGCUUCCUAGAACUCUGAGGAAAGCAGGGAAGUAGUGCACAGUAGUCUAAGAUUAUUACCUUCAUUAACACCAACAGGCUGCAAAGCAAGAGUAUAGAUUAUUGUAUAAUCCAGGCAGAGGUCAAAAGAAAGGAAGAAGUUGGGAUAGAGUGGGGUGGGCAAUUUCCAUUUUAAAGAGUGUGGGCAGGCCAGGCAGUGGCUCGUGCCUAUAAUCCCAGCACUUUGGUAGGCCAAGGCAGGCGGAUCACUUGAUGCCAGGAGUUCUAGAACAGCCUGGCCAACAUGGAGAAACCCCGUCUCUACUACAAAUAUAAAAAUUAGCCAAGCUUGGUAGUGUGAGCCUAUAAUCCCAGCUACUCAGGAGGUUGAGGCAGGAGAAUCCCUUGAAAGUAGGAGGUGGAGUUUGCAGCGAGCUGAGAUUAUGCCACUGCACUCCAGGCUGGGUGACAGAGCAAGACUCGCUCUUAAAAAAAAAAAAAAAGUGUGGGCAACCAAAUGUGGUUGAGGAUGCAGAGGAACAGGAACUCUCACUGGUCGCUGAUGGGAUUGCGACAUGCCAGAGCCACUCUGAAAAACUGUUCAGCAGUUUCUUAUAAGCAUAACUUAUCAUAUGGCCCAGCCACACCACUACUAGAAAUUGACCCAAGUGAACUGAAAACUUACAUUCACCCAAAAAUCCUCACGUGACUAUUUAUAGCAGCUUCAUUCAUAAUUACUGAAAACUAGAAAUAACCCAGAUAUCCUUCAACAGGUGACUGGAUAAACUGUUGAUAUAUAUUCCCUGAGUUUACCCAUACUCAAGAGUAAAAAAUGAACUAUUGACCGGGUGCAGUGACUCACACCUGUAAUCCAAGCACUUUGGAGGCCAAGGCAGGUGGAUCACCUGAGGUCAGGAGUUCAAGACCAGCCUGACCAACAUGGUGAAACCCCAUCUUAAAAAAAAAAUAAAUGAACUAUUGGUUCACCCAAUAAUAUGGACAAAUCUUAAAUCCGUUUUGCUAAGUGAAAGAAGCUAGGUCUAAAAGUCUACAUGUUGUGCAAUUCUAUUCAUAUGGCAUUCUGGAAAAAGCAAAACUAUAGGGAAGAAAAACAGAUCAGUUGUUACCAGGUUUGGGGAAAGGAGAGAAGUUUGCUACAAAGGGCUGCAAAGGGAACUUUUAGGCUGAUGGAGCUGGAGCUGUUCUGUAUGAGACUGUGUGUGGUGGAUACAUGACUAUAUCCAUUUUCAAAUACAAUAACUAUAUACAUGGCUGGGUGUGGUGGCUCAUGCCUGUAAUCUCAGCACUUUGGGAGGCCAGGGCGGGUAGAUCACAAGGUCAGGAGAUCGAGACCAUCCUGGCCAACAUGGUAAAACCCCAUCUUUACUAAAACUCCAAAAAUAAGCUGGUCAUGGUAGCAUUCGCCUGUAGUCCCAACUACUCAGGAGACUGAGGCAGGAGAAUCGCUUGAACUCAGGAGGCAGAGGUUGCAGUGAGCUGAGAUCAUGCCACUGCACUCCAGCCUGGGCAAUAGAGUGAGACUCAGUCUCAAAAAUAAAUAAAUAAAUAAAUAAAUAAACAUACACUAGAAAAAGAGGCUUUUGUUGUAUGCAGAUUUUUAAAAAUGAACAGACC